CAUCAUACUCAUUGUUAGCAGCUCGCUCGCCAUGCGAACAGUGGACACGGAUGCCAGACUUAUUCGCCAUGCUGCAUUCUUGUAUGGGAUAUUCUAUCUCUCCUUUAAUUUAUUCUACCAAGAGGACCUCAUCCGCCCUGUAUCUUAAUCGCUCUGCCGUCAUAGAAUGUCUGGCGGUAUUCCCAAGUGUCCUGCCGACCCCGCCUCAAGUUCGAUGCGGUCGAAACGGGAAACACGCGCUGUAUAAAAUCAAUGGUCUCGCAUGGCUCUUCUACUGUACAUGUGUCGUAUUCUCACUUCCGACAUUAAUGGACAAGAUUAUGCAGUUAUUGUCUAUGGCCGAGCUCUUUGAGGCGGACUCACGAGGCCCAUACAUUACUACGGCUGACUACCUCCCCCCUGAUGACGAUCGCUCUUACACCCAUCCCUUACACAAUUUCGUCUGCGACACACACACUGAGCUCACAGACAGUGAACAUCGCCUCCUUCACUUGUUUGCUACACCCUCUAAAGACACCCAGGGUCCUCACGGCCUCGCGCAGACAACCCAGAAUACUUCCGGUCACAUCACCAAGAAAUUUAGCAGGCUAGGAGUCCAUCUCGUAUCUCCGCAACGCGUCAAUCCAUCACCUGAUCCUACUCCUCUCGGUCCGCGAUGUGUCCUCAUUUCAGUUCUCGACCUCCCUCCUAGCUUCUGGCCCACCCUGUUCACCGAUGAACGACUCGCGAGGAAUCGGGAAGUCGAGAGUAGAGUGCAUCGUUCUGGAUAUCAUCGUCAAUACUAUCUUUUCCUCAAGGCCCUCAUCAUUCAUGGGAUAUUGAAGAUCACGGACGUUGAAUGGAUCCCCGAAUCUGAAAGUAGGUUCUUUCUCUGAUAGGCGGCGCGCUGUCGGGCUUCGCACAGGGAAGAUAACCUUGGGUUGUGUGUGGUAGAAUGAUGCCACACCCGAGAUAUACCAUAUUUGUGUGAAUUCAAUCCACUCCGGUAGCCAUGCCUCGUCUUUUCGCCUCCCUUCGCGCAGAUGAGUCCGCAAUACCAAUGCCAAAUGUCAUAUAAACAUAUAUAUAAGGAGCGACUGUCUUGAAACCAAAUAUAAGUACUACACUGCCAAUACACUACAUAAUC